GGCGGGCGGCCGUGAGCGCGCCGCGGUGGGCGAGCCUGCGGAGGGCGGGCGCGGCGCAGGCGGCCGGGAGCGCGGCGGGCGGGCGAGCCUGCGGCGGGCGGGCGGCCGUGAGCGCGCCGCGGUGGGUGAGCCUGCGGCGGGCGGGCGCGGCGCCGGCGGCCGGGAGCGCGGCGGGCACCGGCAGGCUGCCGUGAGCGCGGCGCGGCGAGCGAUCGCGCGACGGGCUGUGGCGCUGUGCUGUGUAGGGGCCUGGGUGGAUCCAGUGAGGUGAAAUGAUAAAUUAAGAUUUUUAUAUUGAGCUAUUUAGAUUAAUUGAUCCAUAUAGAUGAAUUCUAUUUUGUAUUUUUCUCCUAUAAUAUUAGUAUUUCUUUCGCAGAAUAUUAAGAUAUAAAUAAUGAAGAGAUUUUUCAAACCAACAUCUUUGAAUACCCAAAGUACGAGGGAGAGUAGAGUUAGUGAAGACUGUGAUGCAGAAAAUGAUAUAGUAGUUGUUACUCCUGCUCCUGCAACUUCUCGGAUAGAAUACAAAGGUAUUAAAGAAUUUAGGCAAGAGUUUAUUAUUGCCGAUCCGGGACUUCGUAUUCCAAUAGAUGAAUUUGAUCAUGAUAUUAGAGAUGAAGUUAGAAGAGCUUAUGUGUUGAAGGGUCCGACUCAACCAAUUGGACAUACUUUCCCCAAAAAACAGUUUGGUAAAGAUUUAAGGACUUUUUGUGCAGCAUGGUUUACUAAAUAUGAUUGGCUAGAAUAUAGUGUGGAGAAGGAUGCAGCUUAUUGUUUCUAUUGCUAUCUUUUUAGAUAUGAUCCCUCAGAGUCUCAUUUUGGGUAUGAUGUAUUUUCAAAAGUAGGAUUUAGAAAUUGGAAGAAUGCAUAUAAAUCAUUACCUGAACAUGUUGGUGGGCCUAAUAGUGCCCACAAUAAAGCUAGAACAGCAUGCGAAGAUUUCAAAAAUCAAAAGGCUAGUGUGUCAUAUAAGGUGAUGACUCAUAGUAAGGAAUCAGAAGCCAAAUAUGAAAUCCGUUUGACUGCAUCUUUAGAUUGUGCAAGCUAUCUCCUAAUGCAAGGUCAUGCAUUCCGUGGACACGAUGAAUCUUCUUCUUCAUCGAACAAGGGCAAUUUUCUAGAGAUGAUUGAUUGGUACAAAAAAAGAAAUGAGGAAGUGAGGAUUGCAUUUGAGGAGUUAUGUCCUAAAAAUGUUCGUAUGCUUGCACCAUCAGUUCAAAAGGACCUUGCUAAGAGUUGUGCACAGGAGAUAACCAAAGAGAUAAAGAAAGAGAUUGGUGAUGGUUAUUUCUCUAUUCUUAUCGAUGAAUCUCGUGAUAUAUCAAUCAAGGAGCAGAUGGCCAUGAUUGUGAGGUUCGUGAAUAAGGAAGGAAAGGUUAUGGAAAGAUUUUUGGGUCUUAAGCAUGUCACAGAAACAACAUCAGAUGCAUUGAAAGGAGCUUUAUUUGAGUUGCUUUCUACACACGGUUUGGACAUUGCAAGAGUUCGAGGGCAGGGGUAUGAUGGAGCUUCGAAUAUGAGAGGUGAAUUCAAUGGUCUUCAGAAACUUAUUAGAGAUGAGAACCCGUAUGCUUUCUAUGUCCAUUGUUUUGCACAUCAAUUGCAAUUGGUAGUCGUUUCUGUCGUAGGUAGUUGCACAUCUAUUCAUGAGUUCUUUGAAUAUGUUAAUAUGAUUGUGACCACAACUAGUGCAUCUUGCAAAAGAAAGGAUUUAUUAUCUAGUAAGCACCGUGAGAACUUAUUGGCCAAGUUAGAUAGCGGUGAUAUUUUUUCUGGAAGAGGGAAACAUCAAGAAACUAACUUGGCCAGACCCGGGGAUACUAGAUGGGGUUCUCAUUACAAAACUUUAAUUCGUAUUGAAUCCAUGUGGGUUGCUGUGAUAGAGGUGCUAGGGCUUGUACAGGAAGAUGCCCGAAAUCCAACAUCAGCGGGUGGUUUGAUGAGAAUAAUGGAGAGCUUCAACUUUGUGUUCAUUAUGAAGAUGAUGUUGAAAAUUUUUCAUAUUACAAGUGAGUUAUCUCUACUCUUGCAAAGAAAGGAUCAAAAUAUUGUUGAGGCCAUGUCAUUACUGAUUGAUGUGAAAGCACGUUUGCUUAACUUGAGGAAUCAUGGUUGGGAGCCAUUGUUUGCGGAAGUCAAAACAUUUUGUAAACAAAAUGAGAUACCAAUUCCAAAUAUGGAUGAAAUAGUACCAAGAUGGGGCCAAUCAAGACGAAGUAAGAUCAGUGUCACUCAAGACCAUCAUUAUCGUGUUGACACAUUUUAUGUAGCUCUUGAUGCUAUAAACACAGAGAUGACUCAUCGUUUCAGUGAGCUAUCUUCAGAGUUGCUUAUAUGUUUUUCUUGUCUUGAUCCAAGAGAUAGUUUCUCAAAAUUUGAUGUGCACAAGAUUGCUAGACUUACGGAGAUAUAUGACAUAGAUUUCUCCAUCAGCGAUCGUGCAGUUAUAAAAGAUCAACUUGAAACAUUCAUUCUUCAUGUUCGAAGAGUUGAAGAUUUUAUUGGUUGUCAUGAUCUUGCAAGUCUAGCAACAAAAAUGGUACAAACCCAAAGACAUAUUGUGUUUCCAUUGGUGUACCACCUUAUUGAGUUAGCAUUGGUACUACCAGUUGCAACAGCAUCUGUUGAAAGAGUCUUCUCGGCCAUGAACAUCAUCAAGACUGAUUUGCGCAACAGGAUAUGCGAUGAUUGGCUCAAUGACUUGAUGUUGUGUUAUAUUGAGCGGGAUUUAUUCAGAAGACUAGAUUCUAAUGCCAUUAAGAACCGGUUUCAAGACAUGAAAACAAGGAAGAUGAAUUUGCCUAAGCCUUCUAGUUCUAGACAUAAUUAAUGAUUGUGUUUCCGUUCAUAUGGUUUUAUCAAUUUAUGUUGGGGAUCUUUUCGCCUCGCCUACCAAUUGUCUUAAUUAAGGU